CUUGGAGGCCAGGGGUUGGGUCAGAGACACGACUGGUGCGGGCGACGCCCUGGAACCCGCGGACGGCGACUGCAGCCACAGGUGCCCUGCGUCCCAGCUGUGGCCAUCAAAACUCCGGCGCUAGAAACUCACUUUCGAGCUGCUCCCAACCCUGGACACCGAGGCCCCCGGGCCGGAGAGUGGAGCCCUGGGGUCGCCCGAAGAGCGGGGCCCAGAGCCCCCGGGGUCAGACAGCGAAGUCCCUGGGCGUGUCGCAGGGCAGUCCCAGAAUAGCCGCUCAUGGAGACGCCCAUCGAGCGCGAAAUCCGCCGCAGCUGCGAACGCGAGGAGAGCCUGCGCCGAAGCCGGGGCCUGAGCCCAGGUCGAGCGGGCCGCGAACUCGUCGAGCUGCGUUUGAGGCCGGUGCUCAGCCUGCCGGGUCCGGGCCCCGCGCUCCCGCGUGCCUUGGAGCGCGCGCGGGCGGGCGCGCAGAUGCAGCGAGACAUCGAGCGGGAGGCCCACCGGCAGGCGGCGCUGGCGCGCCCCGCGACCCCGGAGCUGGGCGCUGGGCAGCCUCCGCAGCCGCUGGACGAGCUCAAGCGCUUUUUCGAGGCCGCGGGUGAGUGCGGCUUCUCGCUGGCGUCUGAGGGAGGCGCGGGGCAGCAGCGGCUGCUGGAGCACGGAAGCCGGCCGCUUCCGGCUGUGCAGGGCCGGUGCCCAGUGCUUGCCCGCGCCCCGCCGCCCAUCGCGCCGUCACUGCUGGAACUGGAGGUGCGUGAGGCACAGGAGCGCGAGCGGGAGCUGCAGCGCCAGAGGCUUAGCGUCUAUGGCACCGCGGAAAUCAAGGAGCCCGCACCGAGCCUAAUGGCGAUCAGGGGCGAUGGAAAGCUGGCAGUGAUCUGGCCUCCCCGCAGAAAGGCUUCGGAGAACGGCCUGGAGCAGGAGGAGCGGAAGCCUUGAGGUUAGAGCGGGCUGGGGUCCCCGGCCGGAAGUAACAUGCCCGUCAGAGGACGGAGGCGCCCAGGAGUGCCCUCUGGAUAAGCAGAAGUCCUGGAGAGGGGCCAGAGGUCUGCACCGGGGAAGAUGAACGCUACCAGCCCAUCCUUAACUUGACUUUGUGAAAUUAACCAGUUUCUCUCUAAAACUGUUAUUCCCCACCCAGCCAGUGAAACUGUCCAGCCCUUCUCCACCUAACUGCAAACCAAGCUAGGUUCUACCUCCGGCCUUGACUGUUAGAGGGCCGGGGUCACCGCCUCAGCUGUCCCCAGUCCCCAAUAAACUUUCUUCCUUCUGGGC